AUGAUGAAGAAGGAAGAAUUUCAGAAAUCAGAAUGGAUCCCUUUUAUUCAGAAAAGUAAAUCUCUUGAUGAAUUACAAAAAGAAUAUAAAGGAAAUGAAAGGAUUAGAAAAAAUUUGGCGUUGAUUGUGGAAGAUGUUAUGGCUCAAUGGGAAAUUGCGUUGUCUCAAAUCAGUAAUUCUAACGAUGGUGCAGAAAAUUCUUCUUCUCAGCCUCUUACCAACCAAUCCGUUAAUAUAAUCAUUAAUAAUAAUUUCAAUACCAACUUUGAACCUCCUCAAGAUCAACCAUUGUAUCCAAAAUUGGACGAACUUGAAGCUCCACCUCUCAAUGACAAUACUCCCAUAAUGACAAUUACAAACAACGAUGAUCAAAAAUCAGACCCAAUGGAUAUUUCAGAGGAUGAUGUGGUCAAUGAACAUCAGAACACAACCACCAAUGGUAUUGAACAGACUCAUUUAAGUAAUGAAGAACUGUUGUUGUCGUGA